AUGUCAUCUGAUGUUAAAAUUCAGAAAUGGAUUGAUCGUCGAUUUUUUCUCUCAACAAAUGAAGCUGCCUCUCGUCUAUUUUGUUUUAAUACAUCGGAUGGCUUUAUGUUCGGAAAUAUAUUUUUGGAUAAUGACAAUACAUUUUCAUGUGAAGAAGUUGAAACAAAUCAUUUUGGCUACAAUUUAAGUCAAAUAUGUUGGUUAUCAAAUACUGUUUAUAGACCAUCUCAAAAAUAUAUAAGCUUUAUCAGUAUGCCGAAUACAAAUGGACAAUCAUCAGUUAUUUUCAACAGUAAUACAAAUGGUGAUCAAUCGUUAAAAUGGCUCGAUGAGAAUAUGGAAUCUACAACAUCAUCCAUAGCAUAUAAUCCAACACAAGAACGUAUUGCAAUUAGUUAUUUAAAUAGUUCGAUAAAAAUUUAUAAUCUUUCGCAUAAUAAUUGUUUACAUCAGUAUAAAUUUGAUAAUGAAAUAUAUAAUCUCGAUUGGAAUAAAAUUGAUUCACAUUUAUUAUUAAUAAAUCAACCAGAUCGUCUAGUUGUAUACGAUUAUCAACGAAAAUCGAUUAGUUGUACAUUAUCAGCCAAGGAAAAACAAAAAGAAUAUUUCGCUGAUUGUAUAUGGAAACCGUUAUCUUCUUCAAUGAUUAUUGCCCGAUGUAAAAAUGACUUGCUUGUAUGGGAUAAACGAAUUGGACGUGAACCGAUUCGAACAGAACAACUGGGUCAAAUCGGAUAUUAUCAAAACAUGAAAUUUAGUUUUCAUUCAAACAAUAUACUGGCUGCAUAUAAUUCGACGUUGAAAAAAAUAAAAAUCUAUGACUUUCGAUUUAUGAUUAUGCGUCAAGUAGAAUCAUUUUGUAAUGAAUCGUUUCUUGAUUAUCAUUGGACAACAGAUGCACCGGCACUUGUUGUUGCCACUCAUUCUGGACAAUUACAUUGGCUGGAUAUUGACUAUCGUUCUGAGAAAAAAAUUUCAUUUGGUUAA